AUGGCCGACAACAGUUCUCCAGAUUACAAGCUGCGUUCAAAGCAGUUAGAGGAAAGGCUCAAGCAGCUCGAAGAGAGACAGAAACAGGUCGAAGAGCUCAUCCGACCCACUACUUUCGUGGAGUUCUUGCGCCAUUCCCACAACCUCCUCUCUCGACCGUUGAGAGUUGAGACACCGUCUCGCUCGACUACCGGGAAAAUACCCCUUCCCACUGGGAAAUAUUGCCCGAUACGAUUAGAACCCUGGAGCGGCUGCUCGACAGAACUGUCGGAGCUCUACCGGUCCGUAUCUGGCUAUCUUCAGCUGACACCAGAAGGAGCGCUACGUCUGUUUAAAUCAUUGGAUCAGCUGGAAGGGUUAGGUCGAGAGUAUUCGAUUACGCCCAUAAGCAGCGAGCGAGACCUCGAGGCCUAUGAGCGAUCCGCCGUGGAAACGCAUGUCCGCGAUAUCAUUUCCGAGUUGUGCAAAAUACCCGCUGCUCGCGACGAGUUUGGCCUCGGUGAUGCAAUCGAGUUCAGAAAUCAUACGAAUUCCUUGAACCAGAACGAACCUAUUGAAGCGGAUGCAAGCCAACCGUCCAGUAUACGCCGGCCAAGACCUGACCAGUACUGCAUCCAUCGUGUCGACGGCACCACUAGCACGGUUCUAACGACCGUCGAGUAUAAACCGCCAUACAAGCUUCCUGUCGUGGCCCUUCGUAUGGGCCUCCGACCGAUGGACUUAUGGGAGGAGAUGGUCAGUAAAAACAAAAUUGAAACAGAGCAGGAAGCAAAGUUGAAAUACAAUGCAGAGCGACUUGUCUGCUCUGUGCUUGUCCAGGAAUACCACGUGAUGAUUCAGGAAGGGCUCGAAUAUUCCUAUGUGACAAACGGGAUUGCUCGAGUCCUACUCCGUGUUCCACCUGACGACCCGGGCACGUUGUACUACUUUCUUUGUGAGCCUAAUAGCGAAUUGGGCCCUGAAGUUGAAGAUAGUUCUCAGCUACAGAAGACCUCUGUUGCGAGGACACUGUGUCUGUGUUUGAUGGCCUUCCGUUCGACUGUGCGUGGCCAGGAAUGGCGAAAUUCUACACGACCAGACCUUCCUAUUUGGAAGACCAGCUUUGACCACACCCGUUCUCAGAUUCCCAGAGAAGACAUGGAGCGUUUGCACUCAAGUAGUACCCAUCCGGAGUAUUGGAGUCCGAAAUCCGGUUCACCUUAUGAUCCGCCAUCGUCUCCGCCGGGUUCUCCACCAGCAGCAACCCGCCGCACUCGGUCUCAGGCGGGCUGCGCACCGUCAGAUGUAUCACGUCGCUCGCAGUCGCCAGACUCAUCGGGCUCCGAUUCGAAUCAAGCAACAAGUCGCAAGCGGGGGCUCAGCCAAGUCGCGUCAUCCCCGUCUACCCAACAAGCAGCUCGUCGACGGGACAGGGGUAAUGAUCAAGGCAACCAGACCCGGCAUCGCAAUGCACAGUUUUGCACUCAACGAUGUUUACUUGGAUUGCAGUCUGGCGGUGUCCUAGACGACUGCUGUCCAAACGUGAUGCUUCAUCGUCGAACUAAGGACGAUCUCCGACAUCCGAUAACCUCAGGAGAUUUGUUGGGUUUACUUAAAGCACAACUGGACGAAAACAUUGACCGCUGCAUACCUCUCGGAGGUUGUGGCGGAUACGGUGCACCGUUCAAACUUACCUGCAUCGAAUACGGCUACACGGUCAUCGGAAAAGGAACCACGUCUGGGCUGUGGAAAGAAGUCUCCGGCGAAGCGCAGAUAUACCAAAUUCUGCGAAAGGUUCAAGGGUCGGCUGUGCCUGUUUUCCUGGGUACCAUUGACCUGGCGAAAAUCUACUUUCUUCACGGAGCUGGAGAGAUUCGUCAUAUGCUCGUGAUGGGCUGGGGAGGACAAAGUACGGCAUCGAUGGAGCUGGCGCCUUGGCUCCGCCACGAAAUUCGCAAAUCAAACAGAGAAAUCAAAGCCUUGGGAAUCAUUCACGACGAUCUUUCGCGUGACAAUAUUUUAUGGAAUGAAGAACUUGGCCGGGCAUUGAUCAUCGACUUUCAUCGGUCCACUUUGAAAUGUCUACCGACUUUGCAGCGAUCGGUCAAACGACGACUAUUUCCAGAGGCAGAAGAUCCCAAACGUCUUCGUGUGACGUGA